AUGAAUUUACCAAUUGAAUUGGAAAACUACGAUAUACAUCUUACUUUAACCGGAAAUACCGAAACUCCUGCAGAUCCUUCCAAAGAUGAUCUUGAGGAUAGGGUCAAUCUUAGAAGCCCACCAUUCCGACCAACUCAAAUUAACGAGGCCUUUAGAUUCACUUUAACCAAUUUUAAGGUCCCUUUUGAUACGAUCACAAAUUACUAUUGUGUACUGGCAUACGACGAUUGGAAUCGUUAUACAGGAAUUCUUGGAAGCGAGGAUGUGUUUCUUGGAUCUGCCAAGAUCGACCCUGCCCCUUAA